AUGUCCGCCGCUGAAGAUGAAUCUCUCGCCGAGUCCGGCGACGAUCUCUUGGUCGAAGACCUUCCGGAAGGGCUAAUCAACGACCUCGCGAACUCCCCUGACCACCCCGCUGCGAAAAAGCCCUGCACGGACCCCGGUGCUGGCCCUGUUAACUUCAACUCCCCCUCCACCUCCUCCGAUUCGGCGCUGGCGCAGCCCGCGCGGUCUCCGGUGCUCCUCGCUGCUGCUGCUACUCCCACGUCGCCUCUACAAAGCCCCGCGCCCUCUCUGGCAGCAACUGCUGCCGCCCCCAACGCCCCGGUUCUUUGCGCCGCUGCCUACGCGGCUGUCGCCUCCAGCGCAAACCCGGUCCCCGCGCUGCCCGCCUCGCUUUUUGCCUCACCCGCGCCCGGCGGAUCCCCCCGCAAACUCCGCCGCACGCGCACUCCCGCAACCACCCCGAUGCUCCUCCCCCUUCGCCGUCGCGUGGUAGUCACGCUCCUCCUCCCGGAAGCUGGGUUGGAGUCGCACCGCAUGGAAAUCCUCGCUGGGAUCAACUUGCAGCUAUGCGGCUUCAUGUUCGACUCGGGUGUCAUCCCCCCCUUCGAGCACACCGUCGGCGAAUCCCUCCGCGUGGCCCGCCGCGUGUACGGUCGCCUGCUGUUCUCUUGGCCGUCGCAACAAGAUGUCGCGGCUUUCCGCAAGCUUUUUCCCCUCAUGCUGAAAAUCUCCAAUUCCCGCCCCGUCAUGCUGAAAGUUUAUGUUGACAGGUUCGAAGCCUUCACCGCCGCAAAGGCAGCCGGCGCUCCCACCCUGUCUAUUCGAAACGUCCCCCUCAAGUUUGAUCCGGAGGAUAUCCGCGCCUCUCUCCUCGGGACCACCGAGGAGGACGGCGCGCAUUGGCUCGUGGACCUGACUGACUUUCACUGUGUCUCUGACCCCUACGAAGAGACCUUUUUCACCCGCCUCGCGGGGCUCCCGGUGGCCACCCCCGAUGAUCCGAACUUCGAACGGAUCCCAACCGAAAUCCUGCUGGAGACGAACAAGCCCGCUAUGCUGCUCACCCCCGCGCUCACCCCCCGCUGCCCCUCUCUCCCUAAGAGCCCCCCUUCCCCACUGCCUUGUUGCUUCCCCCCCCCGUGCCCCUCCUCACCCUGCCUUCACCCCCGUCACCCACCUCUCCCCCACAGCGCUUCCUUCCCCGGCCCCCCAUGUCGUGGGGCUCCUAGUCACUCUCCCGCCCUCCCCACACCACCCCUCCCUCCCUGCCCUCUCCAACCCCUGUCGACAAAAUUCCCUCCCAGGGAGCGCAGCCCUUGCCACCAACCCUCUGCUCCACCCUUGAUCCCCCACUCCCUGCCCCUACCCACUUCAACCCCUCCCUCUGCUCUCGCCCCCCCUUGCAGAUGGCAUUUUCUUACGGAACCUCUCUCCCUGUCCCCUCCCAACACACCCCCCACUUUAGGUGCCUUUCCUCCCAGGGUUUCCCCAGAGGAUGGCCCCGCUGCCCACCCCCAUGCUGGCAUGGAGACGCUCCCCUCCCCCUCUCUCUCCCCCCCAUUUCAAACAGCACCCUCCCCUGCUUCCCCCACACCCCGACUCCUCCCCUCCCCUUCCUCUCUCCCAAUCCCCCUCCUCUCGUUUCCCCCUACCCUCAAUCCCGCCUUCCCCACCCCCCCUCACUCUUUUCACCCCCCACCCUCUCAGGGACCCAACUGCAACCGCCCCCAGCGCUCUGACCGGGCCGCCCGACCCCCAACGAGGCUCCCCCCCUCUGCCAGCAGCCCCCUCCCCCCGGUCUCUCCCACAUUGCUCUCAAGCAAGCCGCUCCACCCCCCUCUGGUCUCUUCUCCCCCCCCACCUGGGCUCCCGAACACCCCCGCCCCUUCUCCGCGCCUUCCCCCCCCUCCCUGCACCCCCCUCCCCCCGCUGUCAUUUAGCCCACAUGGUCCUCCCCCUCUCGGUCCUCACCCUCACCUCCCCCACCUGCCCCACCGCUCCAACUCUCCCUGCCCCCCUUACUCCUGCACCUCCGUCCACCCCCUCGCCCCCCCUUCUCCCCCCCCCCCUCCCCCCAACACCCACCCCAUCCAGUCACCACUUCCCCCUCCCCCUACCCCACAACCUCAAUGUUCCCCUCCAACCCCCGCGCUCACCCCCCGUUGCCCCUCUCUCCCUAAGAGCCCCCCUUCCCCACUGCCUUGUUGCUUCCCCCCCCGUACGGCCGCCUGGGUCCCUGCCAACCCCACUUCCUAUCUGCCCCUACCCACUCCCCUCGCUCCUCCCAUCCCUUCCCCAGCGCCAGGUGCCCCCCCUCACCCUGCCUUCACCCCCGUCACCCACCUCUUCCCCACAGCGCUUCCUUCCCCGGCCCCCCAUGUCGUGGGGCUCCUAGUCACUCUCCCGCCCUCCCCACACCACCCCUCCCUCCCUGCCCUCUCCAACCCCUGUCGGCAAACUUCCCUCCCAGGACUCGCAGCCCUUGCCACCAACGUACCCUCCUCUGUCCCCCCUACAGUUGGGCCUCCGCCCACCCUCAUGUAUCCCCCCAAUUCCCACACCCCCCAUGCAAUCUCCGUGUCUCGGAGCCUCUGCUCCACCCUUGAUCCCCCACUCCCUGCCCCUACCCACUUCAACCCCUCCCCCCACAACACUCCCCCCCCCUCCCCCUCUGAGGACGGACCUCCGACCUCCCACGAACUCACCCUCCACCCGCAACCUCCCCCUGAUCUCCAACCCCCUCGCAGACUGCACUUUCGGUCUCCCCAGAGGACGGCCCCUCUGCCCACCCCCACGCUGGCAUGGAGAUGCUCCCCUCCCCCUUUCUCUCCCCCCCGUUUCAAACAGCACCCUCCCCUGCUUCCCCCACACUCCGACUCCUCCCCUCCCCUUCCUCUCUCCCGAUCCCCCUCCUCUCGUUUCCCCCUACCCUCAAUCCCGCCUUCCCCACCCCCCCUCUCUCUUUUCACCCCCCACCCUCUCAAGGACCCAACUGCAACCGUCCCCAGCGCUCUGACCGGGCCGCCCGACCCCCAACGAGGCUCCCCCUCUCUGCCAGCAACCCCCUCCCCCCGGUCUCUCCCACAUUCCUCUCAAGCAAGUCGCUCCACCCCCCUCUGGUCUCUUCUCCCCCCCCGCCUGGGCUCCCGAACACCCCCGCCCCUUCCCCGCGCCUUCCCCCCCUCCCUGCACCCCCCUCCCCCCGCUACCAUUUAG